AUGAAAACCCGAUCACGACAUACGAGGAAAGCAAUUGUAGGAGAAAAAUUCAAUGAUGACGAUGAGGAUAUUUUGUUUAGUACAUCUCAUGAGGAAAAUAAUAAUGAAAUGAUUCUCUCCGAUGACGAUGAUUUCAUCAGUGAAGACUCAUCAACAAUGAACAAUAAUAUUAUUCAUAUCGGAAAGCCCACACAAUUUUUCGAAAUUCCUCUUGUGAGGUUUGGUCAACAGCUCUAUAUACCGUUAGUUUAUGCAAAAAGAUUUUUGAACAUUUCAACAAGGACCAUUUAUGCCAUGUACGGACGAUUUGAAACUUUGACCUCUCUGACCGAGAGAGUUUGUUUGAAUGGAAAUGAAAUGAAAACAUUAGCCGAGUUAAGUAAGAGAGAAGGCCUUGACCGUAGUUUGCAUAUUAAGAGCAACAGGAACGGCAUUUCGUUAUUUCAAAUCGAAAAGUUUGUUAACAAAGUUGUAGAACAAUUACACAAAGGUCAACCUUCACAAGAGAGUGAUGAUGAUGAAACUCUGUAUUCCUCAGAAAAGCCCUUAUCAAUUCCAGAAGACUAUUCCAUCUCUUCCCAUGCUCAUUUACAUGAUUUUAUUCUCAACCUGGACAACAAUACCAUUGAAACUAAUAAUGUCACAGAGAAUGCAAAAGACGUGGAAGAGGAUGAGAGUGUAGGAGAAAUCCAAAGCGAAGAGAGUAAUGAAAGCUAUUCGACAACUACUACAUCACUUGACGACGAUGGUGAUGAUGGCGAUACAUCACAUAACAUUUCAAAAGCUACACAAAGUAUGGUCACGCUGGAAGAAUAUGACCACAAAAUUAUUGAUACUUGUCCACUGCAUUAUGAUGGAGUGAAGAAUUUUCAAAAGCUUUUGGUCCAUUUAACCAAGGAACGGAGCAAUUGUAAUGUGUUGGUACCUUUAGAUUACUAA